AUGGUGGAUGGGAUGAAAAUGGCAAUAUCUCCUAUUAAAGUUCCAUCACAUAAACGUGGAGUAGAUAUCUUAAGAGAUCCUUCUCUUAAUAAGGGUUUGUCAUUUUCAAAUAAAGAGAGACGUAUGCUCAAGUUAGAAUGUCUUUUGCCUCCAACUGUUGAGACUUUGGAGCAGCAGGUUGAUAGAUUAUGGUUGGAGGUAAUGUCAAUUGAAAGACCACUAGAUAAGUAUACUUUUUUGGAGAAUAUAAAGACUUCUUCACUGCUUCUAUACUAUGCACUCUUAUCUACUCACUUCCGUGAGUUAGUUCCUAUUGUCUAUACUCCAACUGUAGGUGAAGCAUGUAUACAGUUUUCUAAACUUCCUCUUUCAAGAAAUUGGUUGGGAACAGGAUUGUACAUAUCGUCAUAUCACAGGGGAAAAAUAGCAGAGUAUUUGGAUCAUUGGCCUCAGGAUGAUGUUCAAGUUAUUGUUCUGACAGAUGGAGGGAGGAUUCUUGGACUAGGUGAUCUUGGAAUCAAUGGAAUGCCUAUACCUAUGGGCAAAUUAUCGCUUUAUGUAUCUCUUGGAGGUAUCAAUCCUAAUAAAACGCUACCAAUUGUACUUGACAUUGGUUCUAACAGUAAUAGAAUUUUAGAAAGUCCGAACUAUAUUGGUCUGCAUGAAAAUAGACUCAAGGAUGAAGAGUACUUUCUAAUAAUGGAUGAAUUAGUAUCAGCCAUUUUUUCAAAAUGGCCAAAAGUUGUUUUACAAUGGGAAGAUGUGACUACAACUCGUGCGAUUGACUUAUUAGAAAAAUAUGGGAAUAUGUAUAGAUGUUUUAAUGAUGAUAUCCAAGGUACUGCAAGUAUCACACUUGCUGGAAUUUUAAGUGCUCUAAAUAUCACAAAAGGUAAACUGGAAGAUCAAAGGAUACUAUUAUGUGGUGCUGGUUCUGCUUCUAUUGGGAUCACUAAUUUGAUUAUUAAGUUAAUGAUAUCUAAUGGAGUUACUAGAAAAGAUGCAUUAGCACGAUUUUGGCUUGUUGACUCAAAGGGAUUGAUAACUUGUCACCGUGAUGUAAGUACACUUGAUAAAUACAAAAUUCCAUUUGUUCGUACUGAUAUUGAGAAGGAAAUGAAAUCUCUAGUUGAGAUAGUGAAUUUUGUUAGACCAACAAUUCUAUUAGGAGCAUCUGGACAAGCAGGAGUAUUUAACGAAGAAGUUGUCAGGUGUAUGAGUUCAUAUGUAGAACGUCCAAUAAUAUUUGCACUAAGCAAUCCGACUUCAAAAGCAGAGUGUUUAGCAUCAGAUGCAUAUAACUGGACAGAUGGUCGAGUUAUUUAUGCAAGUGGAAGUCCUAUGGAGCAUGUUACAAGACAAGAUGGUAGUAUUUGGAGACCUGCUCAAUGUAAUAACAUGUUUGCUUUCCCUGGUAUUGGCUUAGGUGCAUAUAUUGGACAACUUUCAUAUAUUCCAGAUGAAUGUUUUAUUGCUGUUGCUACUACUAUUGCCACUGCAGCCAGUAAUUCUUGUAAUGAUGAGGCCCUUUUUCCUCUUUUAACUGCACAGUUUGGGCUUGAUUUAUCUACAACAAUAGCAGCUGAUGUAAUAACCACUGCAAGGCGGUUAGGUAUUAUUACUUCAGAUUAUGAGCAACGGCUACCUGUAAAUUACGACGAGCUAGUUGAUCAUAUAAAGAUGUCGUUGUGGGUACCCUGUGAUGUUCCUUAUGUUGAUACUGAGUAUAAAGAUUUGUGUGCUGAUCAAAAUACUCAAUGUGCUAUUGGUGCUUAA